CAAACAAAUAUGUUACCUGUUUUGACGGACUUUAGUAAAUUUUACCAUCGUCUCAGUAUACUCGUGACAGUAUUUAUAACCGUGAAUCUCGCCCGAAUAAGAGCGGAAAACUGCGGCCAGGAGGAGCUGGCCAAGUGCGCCCGCCCGUUCCAGGUGAUACAAUCGUCGACGGAUCUGUCCAUCGCCACCAAGAAGGAGGACCUGGAAAAGAUAUGCCCUGAUCUGAACAACGGCUUGCAGUGUAUAAGGAGUUACACGCGACGCUGCAUGACCCUGGAGCAACGGAACCGCUUCAACAAGCUGUACAACGGAACGCACCAGUUCGUGCGCGACCUGUGCCGGGAGGGCGAGUACCAGACCGAGUUCCUGUCGCACGCACCCUGCCUGCAGCUGGUCCGUCCGGACUACGAGGUGUGCGGGCGUCGGUACCAUCACACCGUGACGGCCAUUACGCAGCAGUCGCAGCCCGGUCAAGGGGAGCACCAGCACGAGCAUCAACACCACGAGCACCAGCACCAGCACCACGGUCAGCACGAGCUGCACGGAGAGGCCGGUCAUCAGCACGAACGGCGCCACCGCAACCAUCGGACCGCCAGCCGGACGGACGAGGAUGAUGUGCGAACCGUGUGCUGUUCGUUCAUGGAGUAUCUGGAUUGCUCGGAGGCAGCUGCCCGGAAAACUUGCGGGCGGGAAACGGCCAUGUUUACGAGGGGGUUCCUCGACAAGAUGUCAUCCACCUUGAUCAAGAUGUACUGCGAGGACUACUACAAAUCCAACAAAUGCCCAUCAGUGUACACGUCGUCAUCCAGCAGUCACUGGAAUCAGCUCCACGGUGUGGCGCUUCUGCUUGUUCCAACCUUCGUCAGCACGCUCAGCAGUUGGACGUCAUCCUGGACGACGCUCCUAAGGUUACGAUAA